UCAAAGCACAGCGCCUGAUAUCGUCAAAACCGGACAAACUGAUCAGAUCACAAGGAAUAAUAUCUCAUGUGAACAAGUGGGAUUGUUUUCAAUCAACUGAAAGAAAAAAACAACAACAGCACAACUGCUAAUUGGACAAGAAAUUCCACGAGCUUGGCUGAAUACCAAGCUUCGGAUGAGUAUUACAACAGAGGAAUUAUACUUGCAACUUUGGAAAGAAAUCAAGACGAUUGAAUUGGAUUGUUUGUUGCUUUCUAAAUGACUUUUACGAGUGGAAUUGAAGUACUUUGUGGCGGAAAGUAAGAAACAGAGACUUAGGACCCUCCUCUCUCUGUCUGGACACAGACGGACAAUGCUGGCAGUCGGGCUGUUGUGGGUGCGGACCCUCCCUCUCCUGGCGCUCUGGGCUCUGGGGUCACAAGGGGAACCCCUUUCUGCUCCACGGGUCUUCCUCUCCUUCAAAGAAAUGAGGUCCACUGGCACAGCCCACCAUUUCUCCUUCCUGCUCAACACGACGGAUUACCGCAUCUUGCGCAUGGACGAAGACCACGACCGUAUGUACGUUGGCAGCAAGGACUACAUCCUUUCUCUGGACCUACACGAUAUCAACAAGGAGCCUCUCAUUAUCCACUGGCCCGUUUCCCCGCAAAGGAAAACUGAAUGCAUUUUAUCUGGGAAGGACACCAACGGAGAAUGUGGAAACUUUAUUCGUCUGGUCGAGCCGUGGAACCGCACACACCUGUACAUCUGUGGAACAGGGGCAUACAAUCCCGUCUGCACCUAUGUGAACCGAGGACACAAGGCCCAGGCCGCCCUACACCUGCAGAUGCCCCAGUCCGGAGGGAGGGCCAGUCGCGCCGCAGAUUACAGCACCACUCCCGAGCCAAUGGGACAUCAGGAAUACAUCUUCCGCCUGGAACCAGGCAGAGUGGAUUCUGGAAAAGGGAAGUGUCCCUACGACCCCAAACUCAACAGUGUCUCUGCUUUGAUCAAUGGUGAACUCUACGCUGGGGUCUACAUUGACUUCAUGGGAACAGACUCUGCCAUCUUCCGCACUCUGGGGAAACAGACUGCCAUGCGAACGGACCAGUAUAACUCCCGAUGGUUAAAUGAUCCAACAUUCAUCCAUGCACACCUAAUUCCUGACAGUGCAGAGAGGAACGAUGACAAGCUCUACUUUUUCUUCCGGGAGAAGGCCUCGGAGAUGGGCCAGAAUCCCGUGGCGCAGGCUCGGAUUGGCAGGAUCUGUCUGAAUGAUGAUGGAGGUCACUGCUGCCUUGUAAACAAGUGGAGCACCUUCCUGAAGGCCCGACUCAUCUGCUCUGUGCCAGGGGCUGACGGGAUUGAGACACACUUUGAUGAGCUUCGGGAUGUGUACAUCCAGCAGACACAGGACACCAAGAAUCCGGUCAUCUAUGGUGUCUUUUCUGUCUCUGGGUCUGUGUUCAAAGGCUCCGCAGUGUGUGUCUAUUCCAUGGCCGACAUCCGCAUGGUGUUCAACGGGCCUUUCGCUCACAAGGAGGGGCCCAACUACCAGUGGGUGGCCUACACUGGGAAGAUCCCCUACCCCCGGCCUGGGACAUGCCCAGGAGGAACGUUCACGCCAAACAUGAAGUCCACCAAGGAUUACCCUGACGAAGUCAUCAACUUCAUGCGGAACCACCCAACCAUGUACAAUGCAGUGUACCCGGUGCACAAGCGCCCCCUGGUGGUGAGGACGAACGUCGACUACGAGUUCACCACCAUCACAGUGGACCAGGUGACAGCUGCAGAUGGGAGCUACGAGGUGCUUUUCCUGGGGACAGAUCGAGGAACGGUUCAGAAGGUGAUAGUUCUGCCCAGAGAUGACUUGCAGACUGAAGAGCUGGUGCUGGAGGAGGUGGAGGUGUUCAAGGUUCCAACUCCAAUUACGACAAUGAAAAUUUCAUCCAAAAGGCAACAGCUGUACGUGGGGUCAGCGGUGGGCGUGACUCACCUGGCCCUGCAUCGCUGUGACGUGUACGGAGAGGCCUGCGCUGACUGCUGCCUGGCCCGCGACCCCUACUGCGCCUGGGACGGCAAGUCCUGCUCACGCUACUCUGCGUCGCAGAAGAGAUCUGACCCAUUUAGGCGCAGCCGUCGACAGGACGUGAAGUAUGGGAACCCCAUUCGGCAGUGCCGAGGAUACAACUCCAACGCCAAUAAGAACACCCUGGAGAUGGUGCAGUAUGGGGUGGAGGGCAGCAGCACCUUCCUGGAGUGCCAGGCCAGGUCCCCGCAUGUGUCAAUCAAGUGGCACCUGCAGAAAGAUAACAGCGACAGGAAGAAAGAGAUGCGGUCGGACGGGCGGGUCCUGAAGACGGAGCAGGGCCUCCUUCUGCGCUCCUUGCAGCUGUCGGACGGCGGGGUGUACUACUGCACCUCCACGGAGAAGAACUUCAAACACACGCUGGUGCGGGUGCAGCUGCUGGUGCUGUCGGCGCGCGCCAUCAACAACGUGCUGGCGGAGACGGGCGGCCCCGCCGCCUCCACCGCCUCGCUCCAGUCCAGCGCCUGGACCCCCAGCGCCGGCCAGUACAAGGACCUGCUCACCAUCCUCAGCCAGCCCGAGAUGAGCCUCAUCAACCAGUACUGCCAGGACUACUGGCACCUGGGCAGCGCCAGCCCCAAGGACCCCGGGCUGGGCUCCAUCCGAGGGAAGGAGCUGAAGGAGCUGAAGAAGCCGCGCAACCGCCGGAAUCACAACGAGAUGGAGGGCCAGGAGACAUGAGGAGCUCACCUCCCCAGCCUCCACACGCUCACACACAUACACAUACGCACACCUACGCACACAUACGCACACACACACUCACACAGACACACGCACAUACACUCACACAUGCACACACACACACCCACUCUCACAUGCACACACACACGCACUCUCACACAUGCACGCACACACACACACACACCCUCCACACACACACACACACACACACACACACACACACAGACACACACACACACACAGACACACAGACACACAUACACGCACACACUCAAACUCUCUCACACACACACACACACACACACACUCACACUCUCUCAGACACACACACUUACACUCUCACACAUAUCCUCACACACAUGCUCACACACACGCUCACUCACAUGCACACAUACACACACACUCUCACACACACUCACUCUCACAUGCACACACACACAUGCACACAUUCACAUACACACGCACACACAUGCACGUACACAUGUAAAAAACACACACACACACACACAUGCUUGCACACACGCAUGCAUAUAUGAACAAAACAAAAAAAAACACACACACGCACACACAUACAUACAUGCUUACACCCAUCCCCAAAAAUGGGAGAGACUCAUUCAGUAAGAAAUAAAAACUUCACUACACGCAAGAGACACCAACCUAAAUAAGCAACAGGAAACAAGCAGGCAGAAGGUUUCUUUUAAUGGUUUAACAAAAAAUAAGAUACACAGUAUUUAUUGUAGGUUGUACAUAGUAUGAUUCUGUGGAUUUCUUUGUACUUAAAUAGAAAAAAGGCUCUUUGUGUAUAGAUAACUUCUGGGCAAAUAUUGUUAUUAUUGUUAUUGUGAUAAUUAAUUUUAAUAUUGUUGUUAUUAUUACAAAAAUCUUAAUUUUUCAUCAGCGACAAUUCUAUAUUGAAAGUGUAUACUGCAGUAACUAAGGGGAAAAAGGGUUUUUAUAACUAGGGAACAGGACUGACAGAUGGAUUAUAGGUAGAACCUUCCGGUUUUUACUGAUGACAUGGUACUUUGACACAGAAUUUGAAAGAUGUGAUGGAGACUUGGUUCCUGCAGCCACCAAAUAGCACAGACACACACACAUACACAUGCACACACACACAUACACACACGUACACACACUAUCUCUUGUGGAAAGCACUGCUGUAUAAUUUCAUUGCCUCCAUAAGUGUCCAUGUUUCUAAAAGAAACAAUCUUAACAGACACCUUUCAACUGAACCAAAAAUCCUCCCACGCUUUCAGUAGCUUCUUCCAUAAAUGGGCGAGGUACGUCCAUUUGAUGUUCUCUCUCAGAACAUGUUCUAUCUACCUUUGUCGUGUCAACAGUUUGUUUUUUUCACUGUAUUUGUUACUCUUUUGUGAGUCUGGUCUCUUCCAAAACAAUCUUCAACACGUGUUGUUUUUUUUCCAUGUGUAUAUAUUACUGCUAAAUACUGUACCUGUGAUAUUAUAAAAGUUGAAAAAAUUGGUUUUCUUUGGGGGUAAAAUCAUUUGCCUGUGAAGGGGAUAAUAGGGUUGCAUUGCAUGACAUUUCUAAAGCACCAUAGAAUUAAAAAGUAGACCUUUAAAAUAUAAGCCGUUACAUAUUUAUAGAUCAACAUAAUGUCAUCAGUCAUGGUAAUGUAAAAAAGAGGGUAAAUACCCUUCUGAUCAGCUGGACAUGUAGAAGCCUAGAACCUCGAUGGUUGAUUUAAAAUCUGGGUAGAAUGGAGAAGACAUGUUGGGGCAUGUGUCUGAUAUGGAAGCUGAAAGAAAGUCACAUCAUUUGGGCCUCUGGCCGAACUUGAACAGGGUAAUUGUUACGCUCCAUUGCUUCUUCUUAUCAAUUCUCAACACUGCUGUUUGAGCUGCCAAGCUCAGGCAGUCAUACCUCUCCCGUCCUAGGCAAAUGGUGUUUCCAGAUAACAUAUAUAGGCUUAUGUGGCCUAUAGAAAGGACACUGAAGCCCUAAUAGGCAUCAGCUCCUCCGUUUCUGACCCAAUCGUGUAACGGAUUUCUGAGGCAUGAGUUGGCAUGUGAACAUCCGUUACAGAAUGUGAUGUCACUCCUUCAGAAGCAGUAAGAGUACAACUAGUUCCCUUGGCUGGUGACCUUGGUCUUUAGCUCAGCGGUCUAACCGUUUCUCUUGUUGUGAAGAGAAGCGACAAGGGUGGUGGUUUAGAACCCAGAGUCAAUCUACCAUUAUAUACAUUAGAAUUGAGCCAGGGCUGAUAUGCAUUGUAUGGCUAUCAGGGUGGGGCUUGGCUAAAGGGAGACACUAGCACAUAACAGAUCGUGGCAGAUAUUGCCAAUUUCUUGCUGCUUACCCAAUUACAUGGAAAAGUAAACCAAGCACAGGUUAAACAAUAAAGGAAGCCUCCAUCUCCUUGACCAAGCAAUAUCAUUUUGGCUACACGUACAGAGACAUAUACUGUAUGUAUAUACACAUCGGGAACUUUUAAACAGAGCGUGACUCAUACCAAAAUCUUGGGAAGCUGGCUUUUCAUUGUGUGCAUGAAAUCUAUGUGUACUGUAUAUAAAUAUGGAACAAAAAAGCUAUGUUGCUGUCUUUAUUAAAUAACAAGAAACAAGUGAAUGUGUAUCUUUUGUGAAUUAAUGUCCGUAAAAAGCCUGAGGAACUGACUCAAGGUAGUAAAAAGAGUAAUGAAAGUCUAUACGACGGAGAAAUGUGAAGAUCCUUGACAUUGGGCCACUUUCUCCUUUUAUACUUUCUUCUCAUUUGUUUAGAAGAGGAGUGUCCAAUCCUAUCCAAAAGGGGCUGGCGUGGGUGCAGGUUUUUGUUUUAGCCCAGCCCUAAGACACCUGAUUCUACUUAUCAAGGUCUCGAUUGAAGGUCAUGAUUAGUCAGUUAGUUGAGUCAGAUAUCUCAGUGCUGAGCAGAAAUCUGUACCCACACCAGCUUUUUUCAGAUAGAAUUGCACACCCCUGGUUUAGAACAUACUGUUUCACCAGACUGCUCCUGUUUAACCACCUGUGCUUAAACAGGGUUACAACAGAAGAUUGUACAAUUUGUUAGUAUUUUUUAAAUGCUUGUCUUUAGUUUCUUUUUGUGUUUUUAAAGAAAGAAUAUUCAGUUGUUGAAUAAGACUAAAUGCACAGGUGAUGUUAUUGUAAUGACUCGUGUUAAAUUACUCUUCCCCUUUCAUUGUUGAUGUUGCUGACUAAUAAAUUAAAGCUCUAUAUUUUAUAAGAA